AUGUUUACUUCGAGGAGCAGUAUGUGAAGCUAACGUUAUGGUGAGAAGGUCAGUGGGUUUCUUUUUGUGAAAUGAAAUCAAAUCUCACUGCUAACUCGAAGAAAAGUUUUGUUGACGUUAAAAAACAAAGUGACAGACAAGUUUCAAUGAAGCUGAAACCGCCCUCUAGCGCCGUUUCGACAAUUUCUCAGAAGCAGCUGAACGAAAUUCAAAGUUACUUUGCAGAACAAUUUUUGGCCGCGCCUAAAUCUCACGAGAAAGAUGCUGUGCUUUCGAACAUUUCAAAGAAGUCUGCAGAUAAAGAAGCCAUUGUGGAUUAUGUUUUAAGACGUCUCAUCGAGGUGAAUAGUGAUAAAUUUUCAGAGUCAUCUCUCGUUAAAUUGUUCGCUUCAGUACAUAUGGAUGCGAAAUCGAAGCUUGAGGCUAAUGCACCGUAUAUUUUGAUGUCGCAGAACCCGAACACUGAAGAAUCUUCAAGUAUCACAGGAUUAAAAAAGUCUGGUUCUAACGAGAAUGAGCGUUCACUAGAAAAGUUAGCAUCGAAGGAAACUGAGCUUCAGUCAAACAAAGAAAGAAUUGGGUCGACUGCUAGCGUGGCCGUUGACCUGCAGAGCGAAUUACUACCCAGUCAUACACCGAGGUUGAAAUUGCCAGAACCAAGUGAUUCAAGUGUCCAGUCAAAUGUCAGAAUUCAAUUAUCAACGAAUAAACAGGAUUUGGAAUUCAUAGACAACAUGAAGAUUGGUACUGCUUCUACUAAUAACUCAGUGGUUUCGGCUCUUUCACCUAUGGCCUUCGGUUCGGGACAGGAUGCCCAUUUGUUAAAGCAGGAGGAGAGCCGUCGACAGUGGAAGGCUGCACUAGAUGAACAAAUAAAAGAACAUCAACUAAUGCGGGAGAGGCAUCUUCAAGAGACUUUAAAGGAAGACAAUUCUGAUAGGCGUCAGCUAGCACCUGUUAAAAAUGAUCGACAGCGUGUCAGUGAUCACCGACUUGAACUUACUGGACCCAAUACAUCUGAUAGCAGCGUACGUACCAAUCCGUUGAUUUCACAUCCCUCAGCUAGUCACUUUUUGUCGUCAAAUUUCUUGUUACCUGAUUCAAUAAUCGGCAGUGCUUCCUCAUCAUCUGGGACCAAGGACCAGUCUGGUCAACCGUGGAAGGUGGGCUUUAAUCGUGUAAGAGGUUUUACUCAGCAAAUAUACAACGAUUCUGCAGAAUCUGCCGAGCGAUCACGACUAGCUCAUGAGGCUAGACUGAUAAAUUUGAAACAAAUUGAAGAGAGGCGUCGUCAGAAGGAGGAAGAAAAGGCAAGACUUAUCAUGGAAGAGAAGAAGGAAGAAGAGCGUAUAUCACGUGAGCGUCUUCGGCUACAACAGAUGGCUGAGGUCGAAAAUGCUCGGAAAAGAGCAAACGAUCUGGAAGAAAUUCAACGUACACAAUAUCUACAUGAAUCACUCAUUCGUGCUCAAGAAGAUGCAAAGUUAAAUAAAGUACGGAAACAUCCAUAUUAUUCUAAACCCGACCGAAAUGAGAAUUCAAUAAAUUCACACUUAGUUCCAAAACCUGAGUUACAACCUAUGGGCUGUUACAUUACACCUUUUAUUGAAAAUGAGAACAAAGUUAACAACUCUUUGUACACUCUGGCGUCAUCAUGUGUUUGGAAUGUUUCAGAUAAUAAUUCAUCUUACAAUAAUAAUCAUUCUUUACCACCUGCUAAAUCUUCACUUGGUGUUCAAACUUCAUUUCCAGAAGAUAUUGGCAUUCAAACAGACGGUCUUGAAUACAAUAACUCCCAGAAAAAACAAUUUCCUAAUGAUAAUACACAAAUUAAAAAUGGAAUUAAAGGCACUUCUACCUACAAGCUGACUUCCAGUGAUAAAUUAAUGAAAAGCCAUUCCGAAAAGAGUAUGAAUCAACCUAAAUCAUCAUCAGAUAAUUGCAGACAACAGUCUCGACAGAAUUGCUCUAUGUCUGUGGAGAAAACUUCUCAACACAAGAAUUUCAAUGCAAAUAAAAAAGAAACUUCACAAAAGCUGAAACCCAAGCAAAAUUCAAAAGUCCCACCACAACGAUUUCCCAUCUCCAAUAAUGACAAUGUCAACUCAUUGAAUGAGAAAUCAGAGUUAUACAGCAGUAAAGCGUGGUCAUCAAGUUCCGACCAACUGCAUACCAUAAAAAACAGAUUCGAAAGAACUGUUCAAGAUGGAUACAAUAUGAAAACACGAAUCCCUGUACCAAGUAAGCUGUCUUAUUGUUUUGCUUAGUUUUUGUAAUUGUAAAUCCUAUUAAAUAGGUAAGGAGAUGGCAUUAUGUAGCAGAAGUAUACAUUUAUCAUACAUACAUUUAUCAUUGAGAAAAUGUGCAUUUAUUUUGGUCAAUGGAUUUCACUAACAUUCAGCGCCUUUGAAUUCAUGUAUUCAACUUCAUUGAGGUUGAAACGAUAAAAUUCAGAUAAUGGGACAAACCCCUUACUGUAGUUGGGUUUAUGUUCUAUGGUUGAUUGUCUCUUGUCAUCCUCAUUUCAGCGACCACUGGCUUGAGACUCUGAUCAACAGAAAAAGUUACGAAAUUUCCUGUUAGUUUUUUGUUAUUCUCAACUGUUUUGAUCUCUUCUCUUAUCCCACUCACCGUUAUUCUUGCAUGCAAAUGACUCGAGUUUAUGCACACGAUACUCCUGAUUCAACGGUUGGUGGUUUACCAAUUGUUUUUAUGGUCUCUUAUCCUACUUAUAAAUAAAUCACCAAAAAAUGAUCAAAUUUACCCGGGUGAUACUUCUCAAGCACUGACAGUUCCUCACCUGUGAUUCAUUAUCUUCGUCAUUGAAACUUGCACCAGAAAUAUGUCAUGUAGUACAGAGACUGAGAUUCUGUGUACUCUUGUGUUGUGAUUAUAGGAACUUACUACCUCAGUGUCAACAACAUAAAGCCCCUAAACCCAUGUCUUACCCAUCUUGAAACUUGUUUGUUCAAGUGUUUUUAUACUUUUAUACAAAAUAUAAGUAUAUACAUACUCCUUUGCAGCCUUUCGAAUUGUUUUAUUAUAAAAAAUUAAGUUAUGUGAAGAAUAUUAAAAACGAGAAAAUUUUACAUUGUAAGUUGAAUUAUUGAAAUUGGUUUUUUAACUGUUAAAAAGUUGAUGUGUGAUUUCUGUUCUAACACUUUUUUCCUUACAAAAUAUGCAUGCAAGGUAAGGUACAGUCGAAUUCUUAUACUUAGCUGUACGAGCAUGCAGUCUUAUGUAGUUUCUCCUUGUCCUCCCUGAGGAGAUACAUAGAGAGAGCUGUGAAUGAAGUGGAUGCUCACUGUCAGUUAAAAUUUCUGUAGCUAGUAGCUUGCAGGAAUUAUAUGUCGACCAACUACAGUGUUAAUCAAUUGAGCCUUUAUUAAUGAUGUUUGUACUUCCCGGUCUUAUCAUUGCCUCAGUGAGAUCUAUGACAUACGUCAUGUUCCUGAUUGGUUGAUCAUUUUGUGUUAAUCUAUUUUAACAUGAAAAAGUUAAUUUAUGGCAUAAACGCUAAGUAGUAUCGCUUACUUACCGCUUCAUAAUUGUGCUUUUUUAAUGUUUAAAACAAUAAUCACCCAGUAUCUACAGCCUACAGUCUAGCGUCGACUUCAACACCAAAGCAACAAGUUCCCAUUGCUAAACAUACACCUCGGAAAACUUCAUGUCUUGAUCAUCAAAAUCCAUAUGGACCUAUGGAGCUUAUUCGCACAUAUGACAUUUUGAAUCCGAAUGAUGUUAAUAACAUGAUAAUUCCUACUAACCAAGAAUCUACAACUACUGAUGGGAAUACUAAAAAAACAGAUGUAAAGGACUCAGCUAUAAAUCGUAAUUCGGUAUAUGAACGGCCAAUUAAUCGGCAAGAAACUAUUUUACAUCAAUUAUCAGAGAUUCGUAAAGGUUUACAACUACGCCAGAUGCUCUGUGAAUCAGGAAAAUAUGACGCAGAUAGUGACGAUUAGAUGCAUACUUGAACAGUGACUUUUAAACAGAAAUUUCUUAUUCCUCUUGAACUCGAAAUAUCAUAUCUAUACUGAUACAUAUCAAUAGAUUUCUUGUGAUGUUAUUUUACAAUUUUUUCACUAAAGAAACACAUCAUAAUCACUCUUCUUUUACAGUCAUUCUUAUCUGUUUCCUCUUUCAUUCACAUGACAGAUGUUAUAUCCAAAUUGUUGAUAUAAUUUAGAAGAGUUUAAUUGUUGCAUGUAUUUCUCAUUUCAUCGCUUUCAUGCAUUGCUGCGUGCAUGUGUGUGUGUGUAUGUGUGUUCGGAUCUCCCAACGAACCUUAUUCAUCAAUAGGUAAUUUAGGUUAAUUAGAAGAUAGAAAAGCAGACAGAAUGAGAUAACAAACACUAAGGUAUUUAUUUGAUCGAAUAUUUUUGCAUUUGUUCCCUUUGAAAAUUUGUUCGGUUUUGUAUUAAAAAUUUUAAUGAUGCUGCAUAUUUUGAAUAAAAAUCGAAUAAAACAUAACAUAG